UGUCAUGUGUGUGCUGUCUGAAAUGUUUCAGUAAUAAUGUUUUUAUAUUCAAUCAUCACCACCUAGAGACAACUGUUAGUGCAUACUCUCCUGAGUGUAAAAAUAAUGUGUUGUGAUGAAACCAAGUGUGCGCAAGGAUAUGAAUGUUGCAACCGGAAGGAUGGUAUAUGCAGAAAUGUGUACAGGUGGUGGAUAUGCAUCCUUUAGCCGUAGAACUGCAGUGUGUAAUUUGCCUUCCUUGACUUUUAAAACAUUUAAUAAAUAUACGGCACUCAUUACUGAUGCAUCCAUUCAAUCGUGCAAGCAGAUCAUGGCAGAAUCAAGAGAGGUGAUUGUUAGGGAAUAUGGUAAACUAGACAUUGUGCCAGACCAAAGUGGAGUACUUGAUAUUGAUGUCACAUAUGAUGGAACAUGGCAUAAAAGGGGCCAUCAUUCAAAUCGUGGCAUUGGUGUUACAAUUGAUGCUGUUACAAAACUUGAUUGAUUAUCAAAUAAUGUGUAAGUUCUGUUUCUUGUGUAUGUUCCUCGAGUAUCAUUUGAAAAGCAAGAAAAUUUCUGAAGAACAAUAUGAACAAUUGACUGAAAACCAUAAAAGUGUAUGCUGCAAGAACUUCACAGGUUCUUCUGGAAGGAUGGAAGUGGAAGCAGCAAUAGUGAUAUGGCAGAGAUCACUAGAAAAUAAAUUGAGGUACAAAACUGUUGUGUGUGAUGGUGACAGCAGUACCUACAAAGGACUUGUUGAACUCAAUAAUGGUGCAGGUCCCUAUCAAGGUGUACAGGUUGUAAAAGAGGAAUGUAUAAAUCAUUACUCUAAACGACUAAAGAACAGACUAACCAAUUUAGUGAAGUCCCACUACACUGAAAAAGAAUUGAAAACAGGAAAGAAAAGAAAGCAGUUUGAUUUGAAGAAGGGCAUGCUAACAGAUUUUAUCAUCGACAAACUGGCAAGUUAUUUUCAGAAGAACCUGCGAGACCAUGUCGACACUGAUGUUCUAAGGAUGAGGAAUGGCAUCCAUGCAAGCUUUUUCCAUUGCUCAUCCAGUGAUACAAAUCCACAUCAUCAUCUUUGCCCAACUGGUCCUGAUUCAUGGUGCUUUUACCAGAAGGCAGUAGCAGCUAACAUGACACCACCAUCUCACACCACCAUGAAAGUGCACUUCCAGUUAGAAUUUGCAUACUUCAAGGAGGUUCAUGAUAUUUACAAACAACUAACUGCAGAUAUGAUGAAAAUUUCUGAAAAGCAGGACACAGAAUCCUAAUGAAAGUCUCCAUCACCGAAUUUGAUCCUACUGCAACAAGACACUGAAUCGAAAAAGAGUGGCAGGCUGAUUUCUCAGCCAGUCAAGCCAUAGCCGAGUAUAAUGCUGGAUACGAGAGAAGUUGUAUCGAUAUACCACUUGGCUUUGGGCGUUCAUUGCUUACCCAAAGGAAGUUUCAAGCUAUGGACAAGAGGAUGCAGAGAAAAAAGCCCCCAAAAUCCAAGAAGAGGAGACUGACGAUGGAUACUUCCUAUGAACCUGGAGGACAUUAGAUGAUUAUUCAUGUCCUUACCAACACCUACUCAAAGGUUGGCAUGCAUGGAGCAUUGUGAUUGGCAGAUCUCCAGGGAACUUCAGGAUGCAGGGAUCUGCAUGGUACUUCAGGGAUAUACUCUAUACACUUGUUUCUACUAUCAAUAAACAUAAGAAGGCA